AUGCUUAAAAGCCACACUUUUAAGACAUUCCAGGUUCGCCCAGGUUCGCUGGAUUGCAGAGAAGCUUGCCUUUCCGAUAACAGAUGCCAAAGUUAUAAUUUCGUGUUCAAGGGCAUAUGUGAGUUAAAUAACAGAACCAAGGAGGCAAGACCAGAGGAUUUUGUUGAGAACCUGGAAAGAUAUUAUAUGAAGAAAAGUUCAAAUAGAGUGUCUCUUGGCUCCAUUCGGGAGCUUCCAGCUGUCUCGUGUGAAGAGAUCAAGGCCAGUGAAGGAGGACAGGUGGCCACAGGUGAAUUUUGGUUGGACCCCACAGGAACUGGGAACCCUAAUUUAACCCAUUGUGACAUGAAGGCAAAGGAUAUUGAUGAAUGCCAAGGAGGUCUUCAUAGCUGUCAUAGCAAUGCCACGUGUAACAACACGGAAGGCUCUUACAUCUGCACGUGCAAAGCUGGAUUUAUGGGAGACGGAAGAAACAGCUGCAAAAACACACUUGGUUGGAAUCGCGACCGGCCUGCCAAUUCUUGUAAACACAUCCUAGACUCUGGGGAUCACAAAGGAGAUGGGGAGUACUGGAUAGAUCCUGACAAGACUGGGAACCCUUUGAAAGUCUAUUGUGACAUGACAACUGACGGUGGUGGAUGGCUUCUGAUCUGCACAUUUGUCUUUAAUGGUUCCUACGAAAUUCCAGCUCUGCUCCAGUCACACCGUGAAAUCGACAACUCUCGUAGUAACAUGUGUCUUGCAAAGAAUGCCAUGUCAGACCUGAACGCUCAUCUGCCUGUCAGUCAGCUGAGAUUCCAUUGCAGAAAACAACAGGUGCGUACGCUUCACGUGACCACGGCCUCCAACAGCAGUGGAAAAGCUGUAGUCGAGUAUUUCACUGGCCAGACUGACACCCAGCCCGAAGCUUGUGGCUCCUUCAAGACAAUGGAUGAUGACAACUCCGAGUCAACAAAAUUUUGCCAUAGGUGGGGAAGAGAAAAUAAUCAGUAUGAUGUUGGAAAGUGGGGUCAUGGCGAGGAUGAAGACCGAUUGAUCAAUCAUCCUAUCUUUGUGGUAUCUCGAUACCACUGGGUGUUACAGAAUCGGCGAUGGAACUGCGACGACCACAAUCAUCAUGCAUCCGCCGAUGAUUUCUGGAGAAUCUUCGCUCGUUGAAAACGAAAACACUCAGUUCACAUAUUGGACUAUAUGAGAAUGCUUCUUCCGGUAAUAAUAUUUUACUUUCGAGUUACAGGUAUCUAGAAAGGACAGAUUUUUUUUUUAGUGUGCACGUGAAGAAGCUGAAAAAGUCACUCGAGUUGAAUUGCGUAACAGCUGUUAGUUCCUUUUUAACCAUAAUGUUCCACCAAAUUGAAAUGUCUCCGUAUUAUUAUAGCGUUGCUCAAAGUGGUAAAACGUUUGUCUUAAGAGCUACUUUUAAGCUUUUCAUCCACACCUUCGAGAUAGAAAGAGGCAUGAUUUCUUGGUAUUGCAUCCUAAAAACCUUGUUUUUCGUUGGGAAUGGUGAGCCCAUUGCAUAAUGUAGCAAAUCAAAGUUCACUGCACCUUAUAAAAUAUUUUCUCGAAGUCGGCCAAUUUUCCAUUACGGCUAAAAGUAAAUUUCUCGCGUAGUGAAAGUGAUAUACAACCUUUUUACCCUUUCACUCCCGGGAAAGACCUAUCCGCCGCUAGUCCUCUCCGAGCAACAUCAAAAUAAUUUCGAGCAAAAAGGAAAUGAGGACUUGAAAUAAAACUAUCAACUAAAGAAUACUGCUUCAUUUAAAAAUACAUAAUUCUCAAAACCGAAAUAUAUAGCACAUAGUGUUGAGAAUUGUUUGUACAAUCUUAGGAGUAAAAAGUUAGGGAUUUUACAAACUUUAAAAAACGAAACUUUCCAAGUUUCAAGAACGCUGCAAGUAAGGCUGGUCAUAGAUUAUUUUUUGGCACCCACAUGUUUUCAUGAUGUGACUCUGGAUGAAUUUGAAUAAAGAAAACCCAAAAAGUGUUGAACACUUUUCGACUUGGCCAAAACAACGUAUCAUUUAUA